GCUGUGGGCUUUAGAGCACACCCUUGGCUUAGGCGGAAGCGGCUUUCUGGCCAGCGCUUUAUAGGCUUCUCUUGUGCUUCCUGUUUUCUCUUUUACCAAGGACCCGCCAACAUGGGCCGCGUUCGAACCAAAACCGUGAAGAAGGCGGCCCGGGUCAUCAUUGAGAAGUACUACACGCGCCUGGGCAACGACUUCCACACGAACAAGCGCGUGUGCGAGGAGAUCGCCAUUAUUCCCAGCAAGAAGCUCCGCAACAAGAUAGCCGGCUAUGUCACGCAUCUGAUGAAGCGGAUCCAGAGGGGCCCGGUGAGAGGCAUCUCCAUCAAGUUGCAGGAGGAGGAGAGAGAAAGGAGGGACAAUUACGUUCCAGAGGUCUCAGCCCUGGAUCAGGAGAUCAUUGAAGUAGAUCCUGACACUAAGGAAAUGCUGAAGCUUUUGGACUUUGGCAGUCUGUCCAACCUGCAGGUCACUCAGCCGACAGUUGGGAUGAACUUCAAAACACCACGAGGAGCUGUUUGAGUCUUUCUGUGAUGCCGUAAUAUUUUCAAUAAACCUGGGACAACAA